UCACAUUAUAUGUUAUGUAACCCUAGCCUCAUCCUCUCUGCUUCAUUUCUUUCAACAACCUUCAACCCUAAAUCCUUCAUCCAAAAUGUCAACUUUAUCUGAAUCAACAUCAAUACAAGGUUUCUACUUCAAUACAAAGUUUCUACUCAGUCCCUACACUAUUUCUUACUACCUUCUAUUUGAUUCGGACAAUUUGAUUCGGACAUUGACAUCUCCGGCGAAAACUGUCGCUUUCUACCUAAUUUCUGACCACUGGCGAACACAAAUGACACCUUAACUAGCGGCUGAGCCGCUGCUUUCCAAGGAAUUUCCGGUUUGGCCGCUGACCACCGAUCCGGCCGGCCGGUCACGUGCUAAACAGGUCCAACAUAGUGAACCGGACCGCCUAGGGCUCCGGUCUCCGGUCCGGCCGGCCGGUCCGAUCCGGGUUUCAAAACGUUGGUUAAGUGUGUGACGGCACGGGUUUAGGUCACCCCCUUCAGCCCUUCAUCACUAGGGCUAUAUUUUUAGUUAAUCCUUGGAUUGUCGUCAAUCCUUCAUCACUAGGUCACCCUUUUCAUCUCUGGAUUGUCGUCAAUUCUUCAACAACCCUAAAGUUCAGGAGAUUUAAGGUGUGACGGCACGGGUAUCACUCAUGGCAAACCCACUCCCGCCAGAAAUUAAAAUAGAACAGACACUUGUUGAGGACAGAGGCUAUUACGCAUCAUGCGAUUAUGUUUACAAGGAAGUUUGGGACCAGGGCGACUACGCCGGUAAUUGUAUGGCAAUUGAUGCCACCCACAUGAUGACAAUCGUGUUGAGGAAGAAAACCGAGGAGCGAGACUUGCUGCUAUCACCCGAUGCCAUAAUCGCAUACGCGGAUCCGGUAUACGGGAUUGGCACUUCUCAACUCGAAGAGAUUCUUAGAGAUCAUGGGAUUGAAGACCGUUUUCACAAUGAAGCUGUGCGUUCUGUGGUACCUAAUCAUAACUACGACAUCUCCAGAAGAAGAAGGUGGAAAAUCGCAAAAUUCGACGAGUAUAACACGCUUAGCACUAUCGUUAUGGCUUUAAAAGGGAAUUUUGGUCCGAACGGGCCCCAGUAUCCGGUUCUAGCAUGUUGUGAGAGGAUGGAACCGUUAACUAGCGAUGAAGCUGCUCAAACAUCUAUGAGCGAGCCCUUUCGCUUUGGGACGUACAACAGUCGUCUUGACAACUACUCGGACGCUUUAAAUUUCCGCUGGUAUCCCCCAAACGGCUAUGUCAUGCUCAUCACGGGGAUGUACACGAUCCGUGAUCAGCCGAACUUGCUAGACCAUAGUUUCGAGGUAAGAAACUCUUCUGGAAAGAAAUGGGGUCUAGGGGGCAAGGUAUGGUUAACCGCUGAUUUUUUCAGCAAAAUCCUCAUACCCGUGAUGAAGGGGGACAACCUGGCUUAUGAUUUCGAAACUUGUAUGGAUGCAGAAGCUGCAGAAGAGGCUGCAAAAUUGGCUGCAGAAAUGGCUGCAAAAUUGCCUGCAGAUGAAGAUAGUUAGGACUUAGGAGAUUAAGCGUUGAAGACGGAUUUAGUAAGUUUAAUUUGAUUUA